AUGAAGACUAUAUACGCAUUGCUGUGUCUGACGCUGGUGCAGAGCAUCUCCUGCAGCAUCUUCAUGACGAAACAACACAGUCAGGAUGACAUCAUUCAACACCCUCUGGACUAUGUCGAACAGCAGAUCCAUCAGCAGAAACAAAAACUACACAAGCAAACCUUGAACAAGAGGAGCCACCAGCACUCUGAUUCGGAUUCGGAUUCGGCGUCUCGUGCGGCGGCGUCACAUUCAGCCUCCCAAUCGUCGAGUUCACAAAGCUCCAGUUCACAAGAGGAUGAAACUAAGCAGGUGCACGAUAAGAUGAACGUGAAACACCACUCGCCGGUGUAUUCUGUCAUUAUGAAACUCAAGAAAGAAGUUGAUAUCAAUCACGGCGAUUCCGUCGUUUGGAAGAAUAUAGAAAUGGCCUCCGGCCCUAACUCGCCGGUUCAGACAGAGCAAGAUAUUGAGGAUAUUUUCGGUGACUCCCUAAAGACGUGGGAUCAUUUCACUGACGAUGCAAAGAAAAAUACCUUCCACGACGCUAUCAGUGAAACUCAAAGGGAAAACAAUGAGGACUUCCACCUAAACGCUACUGAGCUGCUCAAGAAACAUCAAUACCCCGUAGAAGAACACACGGUCGCCACCGACGACGGCUACCAUUUGACUGUCCUGCGCAUUCCACCCACGCACCAAACCAGGGACGAUAAGAAGAAGCCGGUCGCGCUUCUAAUGCACGGCUUACUCGGAAGCGCUGACGACUGGUUACUGAUGGGUCCCAGUAAGUCACUCGCUUACAUGCUCUGUGACGCCGGCUACGACGUAUGGCUGGGUAAUGUUCGUGGAAACAAAUAUUCCCGCUCUCACGUCAGCAAGCACCCAGCACUCAAUGACUUCUGGAAGUUUAGCAAUGACGAGAUCGCUCUUCACGACUUACCCGCUAUAAUUGACCACGUUUUGGAUAUUAGCGGCCAAGAGAGACUUCAUUACAUAGGCCAUUCUCAAGGCGCGACCACCUUCUUCGCCCUGAUGUCCGAACAGCCUUCGUACAACGAAAAGAUCGUUUCGAUGCACGCGUUGUCUCCUAUUGUUUACAUGAAUUAUGUACGCUCGCCCCUCUUCCGUAUGAUCGCGCCCACGAGCAAGUUCUACCAGUAUAUACACGACCAAGUCGGUCACGGAGCCUUCGAACCUGGCAAACACCUGAUCGAAACCUUCGGCGGCGCCGCGUGCAGGGAAAAACUCGGUUGCAGACACGUCUGUAACAACUUGAACUACGUCAUAUCGGGUAUCAACGUUUACAACCAGGAUGCGGAUAUAGUUCCCGUUGUGAUGGCCCACCUGCCAGCCGGCACAUCCGCCCGGGUCAUGAAACAAUACGGUCAGAAUGUGGCGUCGCACGAUUUUAGAAAAUACAACUACGGAGCAGAAACCAACAUGAAAGUGUACGGCACUUCGGAACCACCUAGUUACGACUUGAGCAAAGUCAGCGCGCCUGUCAAUCUUUACCACAGCCACGAUGCCUGGUUGGCCCAUCCCAAGGACGUGGAGAAACUCCAAGAAAACCUGCCUAAUGUGAAGCAGUCUUUCGAAGUUCCAGAGCAACAACACUUCACGGACCUGGACUUCCAAUUCUCGAAGAAAGCCCCCGAUACCGUAUACCAGAAACUGAUGGAAAACAUGCAGAAUAACUCAUAA